AUGUCUGGUAAGGGCGGCAAGGCCAAGUCUGGUUCCGGCAAGGCGUCGGCGACCGAGAGCACGGGCAAGUCCCAAUCGCGCUCGUCCAAGGCGGGUCUCCAGUUCCCCGUCGGCCGUGUCCACCGUCUCCUCAAGCGCGGCAACUACGCACAACGUGUCGGCGCGGGUGCUCCUGUCUACCUCGCUGCCGUUCUCGAAUACCUCGCCGCUGAAAUCCUUGAGCUUGCUGGCAACGCCGCACGCGACAACAAGAAGCAGCGUAUCGUUCCUCGCCACCUGCAGCUCGCCAUCCGUAACGACGAAGAGUUGAACAAGCUCCUCGGCGACGUCGUCAUCUCGCAGGGUGGUGUCGUACCCUUCAUUAACCCCGAACUCCUUCCCUCCAAGUCCGCGAAGGGCAAGAAGGGCGAGAGCCAGGAGGUUUAG